GGCCACACGGUCAAAGUCAGUCAGAGGCUCAAAGCCCCGCUCCCCAGAAUCCCCACAGCCAGCACACCAUGCGCGCUCCGGCGAGCCUCCUGCACCCGGCCGCCUCCGCCCCCGUGGAGACGCCUUCUUCUCCGGCUCCGGUGAUGUCGGUGGACUCGGACAUGGUGGUGAUCCUGGCCUCGCUCCUCUGCGCGCUCGUCUGCGUCCUCGGCCUCGCCCUCGUCUCCCGCUGCGCGUGCCGCCGCCAUAGACGCCGCCGCUCAAGCAGCUCCGGCUCGGCCGACCCUCCUCCCAAGGGGCUCAAGAAGAAGGCCAUCGACGCGCUCCCCACCCUCUCCUUCCCCUCCUCCUCUGCUACGACGUCAGCAACAUCGUCGUCGUCUUCCUCGGAGUGCGCCAUCUGCCUGGCGGAGUUCGCGGAGGGGGAGCUCCUGCGGGUGCUCCCGGGCUGCGGCCAUGGCUUCCACGCCCCCUGCGUCGACGCCUGGCUCCGGACCUGCGCCACCUGCCCGUCAUGCCGCGCCGCCAUCUCCUCCUCCGGAGCGACGGCGGCCAUGGCGGCGCCGGCUGCUGCUGCUGCGGCCGUCGUGGUGGUCGUCGUGGCGGCGGCACCGGCGGCGGAGGAGGGUGGCGGCAGCAGGUGCGGGCGGUGCGGAGAGCUCGCGGCGGCUGCGCCGGCCAGUGGCCAUGGUGGAGGAGAUGACGCCUUCCUGCCUUAGCUUCAUCAUCGUCUUCUUCUUCUUCCUCUGCUUUUUCUUCUGUUGUUGGGAGCAAUGGCCGCCUCACGCCUGGCUUCGUAGCUGUUCAUUCAGUCGGGAGUUUAAUCAAUCAGGACUGUAGUAGUGCUACUCUCGUGCUAGAUUCUUCUUUCCUUGUCUCUCUGCUUCUGAACUUCAGUUUCAAGUUCUAAGUUUCGGGUUGGUUUAGACUUUACAAAUUAGAAUUGGGACAGGUUUUCUCGUUAGUUUGUACUACUAGCUGCCUCUUCUGUAAAGCCAAUUUACGUUUGAAUCUGUAAGGUUUUGAGCUCUGUCCUACUGUUUUUCUUUC